CCGGCCGCGCUUCUUUCCCCGGACCGCCGGAAGUGGAGCUUCCGGAAUAGGCUUCCGUGCGGGAAGUGGAGCUUCGGUAUUCAGAGUCCGAGCGUGAUGACGCGCGUACGCGGGAAUACGUGAGGACGCAGGCGGGUCUUAGAGAGAGUGCUGCUCCCUGCGUGCCUUCCUGGGUUCCUAAUCCAACGCACUUCACCAUCUGUGCUCCUGAUAUCCCGCCAUGCAGCGGAGAUCAAGAGGGAUCAACGUCGGGCUCCUUAUGCUACUUUCUCAAGUGGUCCAUGUUGGGAUCAACAAUAUUCCACCUGUUACCCUGGCAACCUUGGCUCUCAACAUCUGGUUCUUCCUGAAUCCUUUGAAGCCCCUGUACUACUCCUGCAUCAGUGUGGAAAAGUGUUACCAGCAAAAAGACUGGCAGCGUUUACUGCUUUCUCCCCUGCACCAUGCAGAUGACUGGCAUUUGUAUUUCAACAUGGUGUCCAUGCUCUGGAAAGGAAUAAAGCUGGAGAGAAGACUGGGGACCAGAUGGUUUGCCUAUCUCCUCACCACAUUUUCCCUACUUACAGGGGUGGUGUAUUUGGUCUUGCAGUUCACUCUUGCCGAAUUAAUGAAUCAACCCGACUUCAGAAGGAACUGUGCUGUCGGUUUCUCAGGAGUUUUGUUUGCUUUGAAAGUUCUUAGCAAUCAUUACUUCCCUGGCGGCUUUGUCAACGUUUUGGGCUUCCUUGUCCCCAACAGAUUGGCUUGCUGGGCAGAGCUGGUGGCCAUUCACUUUUGCACCCCAGGGACUUCCUUCGCUGGGCAUCUGGCUGGCAUUCUUGUUGGGCUGAUGUACACUCAGGGUCCUUUGAAGAAAAUCAUGGAGACAUGUGCAGGCAUUUUUUCCUCCACUGUUGGGUAUCCAGGACAGCAGUACUACUUUAAUAGUGCAGGCCCCUCUGGCUAUCAGAAUCACUACCCAGAUGGCAGGCCAAGGGCCUAUGAAGACACUCAUAGGAACUACGAUGUCUACACAGCAGGACUGAGCGAGGAGGAACAGCUGGAAAGAGCAUUAAGAGCUAGCCUCAGGGACCGAGCAUUAGACUGGAGGAAGGUGUGGCUAGGAGGUGUGGUGGCACAGGGGGUACCUGACACAGUGGGGAGUGAAAGGUAGGUCUCCUGUUAUCCACAUGAAAGG